GGGGCGGCGCCGGCGCUCAGUGUGUUUGGAGCCGGCGAGCGGGCGGGCGGGGCGCGGCGCGAGCAUGGGGGUGAGGUAGGAGCGGCGCGGCCGAGCGCGGCUCCCGAGCGGCGCGGCGGCGGCGAGCGGGGCCGCGCGGGCUGCGUGUGCGGCGGGCGGAGGAUGGAGGAGAAGAAGGAGGAAGGCGAGGCGGAGAUCCAAGAGCACGGCCCCGAGCACUGGUUCAGCAAGUGGGAGCGGCAGUGCCUGGCCGAGGCCGAGCAGGAGGAGGCGCUGGCGCCCGAGCUGCAGGACGAGGCGGCGGCGCAGCCCGAGCACAAGCAGCAGAAGCUCUGGCACCUCUUCCAGAACUCGGCCACGGCCGUGGCGCAGCUCUACAAGGACCGCGUGUGCCAGCAGCCGGGGCUCUCCCUCUGGGUCCCCUUCCAGAACGCCGCCACCGCAGUCACCAACCUCUACAAAGAAAGUGUGGAUGUCCAUCAACGAAGUUUUGAUGUAGGAAUUCAGAUUGGCUAUCAGCGUCGGAAUAAGGAUGUGUUAGCUUGGGUCAAAAAACGCAGAAGAACUAUUCGUAGAGAAGACUUGAUCAGCUUCCUAUGUGGAAAAGUUCCUCCUCCAAGAAAUUCUAGAGCUCCUCCAAGACUGACUGUAGUAUCCCCUAACCGAGCUACUUCAACAGAAACUAGCUCAUCUGUAGAGACUGAUUUGCAGCCCUUCCGUGAAGCCAUAGCUCUGCAUGGUCUUAGUGGUGCAAUGGCUAGUAUAAGUGUUCGCUCGAGUACACCAGGCUCUCCUACUCACGUGAGCAGUGGCUCCAAUGCUAGUCGAAGGAGAAAUGGACUCCAUGAUGUUGACUUGAACACUUUCAUAUCAGAAGAAAUGGCACUCCACUUGGACAAUGGUGGAACUAGAAAGCGUACCUCAGCCCAGUGUGGCGACGUCAUUACAGACUCACCAACCCAUAAACGCAACAGAAUGAUCUAAACUGCAAAAAUUUCAAACCCACCAUGCUGCUUGAAAGCCACUUGAUCCUCAGAGUACUAUUGAAAAGGAAAUGUGAGGCCAUCUUCCCAUAUUCACUGUUUAAGACAAAUGAAUUCAAUAAUUGCCAUAAAGGAAAUUUUAGAUAUUACAUUAGAUGCCUCUUGUAACUGCGGCUUUCUUAAACUAUAUUCUUAGCAGAGGACAUCAGAUAUUGUGUAGUAGUUAGCAAGAUCAUCAUAGGCAAACAUGUAUCCGUUCCAAGGCUAAAAGUGACCUUACUUGUAUUCUUAAAGGGAAAGGAAAUUUCAGAUGUUUAUUUGGUUAUAGAAUGCCUUUUUUUUUUGUCCU